GGAAAACGUGCAUCCGACUGUGAAGAAGAGGAGCGGUGUGUUUUCCUGCUGAAGAUUUGUGCUGCAGCAGCCCUCUGCUGAUCUAAUAACAACAAUAUUCCGCUUUGUUGUUGACGUCUGCACAAACCAGAGGUAAGACCCUCAGCAUGGCUCGAGACUGGAAACCUGGUGAUCUGAUCUUUGCCAAGAUGAAGGGAUACCCACACUGGCCUGCAAGAAUCGAUGAAGUCCCGGACGGUGCUGUGAAGCCAUCCAAUAUCAAGUUCCCCAUCUUCUUCUUUGGCACCCAUGAAACUGCGUUUCUCGGCCCAAAAGACAUUUUUCCGUACCUGCCCAACAAAGAGAAGUACGCCAAGCCCAACAAGCGGAAAGGCUUCAACGAAGGAUUGUGGGAGAUUGAGAACAACCCAAAAGUUGAGCUGACUGCACCCAAGCCGGUCCCCCCAGAAUCUUUCACCGACAAGGAUUUGGACAGCAGCCCAGAAGGAGGAGAGGAAGCAGAUGACAAGGGGAUAAAACCCAAAGUUCCAGGAAGUGAGGCUGAGCAGGAGAAUGAGAAUGAGGAGGAGGAGGAGGAGGAGGAGGAGGAGGAGGAGGAGCAGGAAGGGUCUCUGAUCUCUGAGCAGGGUCCUCAGAACCAGGAUGGCUCGGCACAGAAAGAAUCCACAGAUGUUCCUAAACCCAAGAGAGGAAGAAAGAAAAAGAGCGAUGCCGAGCAGGAGACUGAAAAAGACGACGCUCCUGCUAGUCCUAUUAGUCCCUCAGGUGCAGAGGGUCCCAAACGGAGAGGCAGGAAGCCCAAAAGUGAGAAGUUGCUUUUGCUGCAGCAGCAGGAGCAGCAAGGCUCAGGAAGUGAAAUGGACGCUGCUGAGUCAGACAGAAAGAGAAAGAGGGCAGCAGAGGACAAAUCCAAGAGUGGAGAGGAGGAGAAGAGAAGGAAGGAGGAGGGCAAAGGAAAGGAUGCAGAGGGGAAGGAGCCUGAAGCCAAGAAGAAGAAGCAGUCCAAGGAUGACUCCUCUUCAGGCUCUGACGAUGAAGAGAAAAACAAAGGCAAAGUGGACAAAGAUGGACGGCGGCGGAAAGCAGAUGAAUUGAGAGAGCCGAACAAAGACGAUGGGAAGAAAAAUGACGAGAGGACGGGAGUCAAGAAAAAGGAAAUAUCAACUGACUUGAAGCUCCAGAGGCUGCACAGUGAAAUCAAGAUUUCACUGAAAAUUGACAACGCUGAUGUGAAGAAGUGCUUGGAUGCGUUAGAUGAGAUUGGCGCCCUUCAAGUCACAACCCAGCACCUGCAGAAACACAGCGAGCUCAUUGCCACGCUCAAAAAGAUUCGCAGAUUCAAGGCCAGCCAGGACAUCAUGGACAAGGCCACCAUGUUGUAUAACAAGUUCAAGAGCAUGUUUCUGGUCGGAGAAGGCGACUGCGUGCUCAGCCAGGUGCUCAACAAGUCUUUAGCUGAACAGCGGCAGCACGAGGAGGCCAAGAGAGGAGCGCUGAAGAGGGUGGAGCAAGCCAAGGAAAACAGCUCAGACAAGAUGACAAACGGAGACCUCAGCCCCGAAGAGAAGAAGCAGGAGACGGAGAGAGAGAAGCUCGUCGAAGACGCCUCGGCGGGAGAAAAUCACAGUGGCCCAAAAGCUCAGGAAGAGUCCACUUGAGAGUCUGACCUGCCUGAAGAGGAGAUAUCUGCUGCUGUACUCAUACAUGACUGACGAUGAUGACUGGUCUCCAGUUUACCGACCGCUUCUGUCAGCGUUGCUGCUCAAAGGUUUCAGAACAUCGAACCCCUCCACUCCCCAGAUAAACUGACUGAAUACAUUUUAUUUUUUUACUUUGUGUAAUCUUUACCUUUCAGGUAGCUUUCGUCACAUGCUCGUGCCUCAGCUGUUUAAUUCGAGUGAUGACAGAGUGAGAACUUGUAGAUCUGCAGCACUGUGAACUUAGAUGCUACAGUUUGUUCCUGUUUUCAGUUGAAGUAGAUCCUUCUGAUAGUACUCAACAUUUCAUGUGCAUUUACAUAGUUUUUGACUUUUACAGCACCAACAGUUUGAUCAGGGUCUAGCCUUUAGUCUACUAAAGUCUAACAAUAUUGGCCACAUUAACAUUUUCCAGAUGCAUUUUCACUUUCGGUGCACAAACGGGAUUCUGGAGUUCGCCAAAGUUUAUUUUGUUUUCUCAACCAUGUUCAAGUUUUUAAACGUUGGUCGUCUUUAACAUAGAUGUAAAUAAGAGUAUUUUUUGUGCUGUCUGAUGACCUGUUUCAGCAUCCAAUAAUAAAGUAGUGCAUACAGUA